AUGAAACACGGCAUCAACUUGAUCGUCACCCUGUUCUCCGUAACCCUCCUCCUAAGCUUUGUUCUAUGCACAGCUGCCGCCGAAGAUCCGCCGUCCCAGACGCCGAAUGAAAAACCACCAGAGACUCCGAAUGAAAAACCACCGAAAAGGCCGAAUAAAAAACGGCCGGAGACGCCGAAUGAAACACCGAUGGAGUCGAUGUCGUCGAAGUCUCCGCCUCUUGAACCAGAGACUCCGAAUGAAAAACCACCGAAAACGCCGAAUAAAAAACGGCCGGAGACGCCGAAUGAAACACCGAUGGAGUCGAUGUCGUCGAAGCCUCCGCCUCUUGAAGCGGAGCCUCCAGCAGCAGAGCCUCCAGAAGCGGAGCCUCCAGCAGCGGUAUCGCCAGAGGCGGAGUCGCCAUUCGGGUUCCAAUCCACGGAGUUCUCGAACACCGAGGAGCUGAUGCCGAACGAGGAAGGGUCAUUCGAAUUCGGCAGAGGCGGCGGUGGACGCGCAAGCAGGCAAUGGCAAAUGAGCCCCGCGUUCUCCUCGUUCUUCGCGGACAUCCAGAAGGGGUCGUUACGCGGCAGCAAGACGAUCACGAUGCACAACCACAUCAAGAAACACGAACGUGACUCAGUGAAGAAGGUCUGCUCCCACACGGAAUACCCCGACGUGUGCCUCUCCACCGUAGUGCCCUUCCUCAGCCGCAGCUUCGACCUCACGCACAUCCUGGAGGCUUCCAUAAAGGCCUGCUCCUUCCAGACCAACUUCACCAUCUCCAUAGUCGUCAAACACAUGAAGUCCUCGCCGGAGAUGGCCACCGCCCUCGCCGACUGCAAGAGGCAGUACAAGAACGCCUUAAAGGGCCUCAACAAGGCCCUGAGGGCCCUCCACUCCCACGACCUCGGCAACGUCACCGUCAUGCUCGGCUCCGUCAUGGCAGAUAUCUCCUCCUGCGAGAGCGGCUUUGAGGGCCUCAAGAAGACCUCCGGUCAUAUUGAAGGCAUGGCUAGCGUUACGGCCACGCACGAGCCACCCGCCACCGAAGAUCCACCGCCGGAGACUACGCCGGAGAUACCGCUGGAGUCGACACCUAACCUCCCCUCGGAGCCGCCGGAGUCAACGCUGACAGAAGCGGAGCCUCCAGAAGUAGAGCCUCCACAAGCGGAAUGGGGAGAGGCGGAGCCGCCACUCGGGUUCCCAACCACGGAGUACUCGAACUCCGAAGAGACGACAUCGAACGAGGAAUGGCACUUUGGGUUCGGCGGCGGCGGCAGGCGUGCACGAAGGGACGGGCAUAUGAGCGAGACAUUCUCCUCGUUCUUCUCGGACAUCCAGAUGGGGUCGUUACGAGGCAGCAAGACGAUUACGAUGCACGACCACAUCAAGAAACACGACCGUGACUCGGUGAAGAAGGUCUGCUCGCGCACGGAAUACCCCGAUGUGUGCCUCUCCACCAUAGUGCCCUUCCUCAGCCGCCACUUCGACCUCACGCACAUCCUGGAGGCCGCCAUAAAAGCCUGCUCCUUCCAGGCCAACUUCACCAUCUCCAUCGUCGUCAGAUACAUGGAGUCCUCGCCGGAGAUGGCCACCGCCCUCGCCGGCUGCAAGAGGCAGUACAUGAACGCCUUCAAGAGCCUCCACAAGGCCCUGGAGGCCCUCCACUCCCAGGACCUCGGCACAGUCACCGUCAUGCUCAGCUCCGUCAUGGCGGAUGUCUCCUCCUGCGAGAGCGGCUUUGAGGGCCUCAAGAUGACCUCCCGUCAUACUGAAGGCAUGGUUGGCAUCACGGCCAGUAACUGUGUCUCCAUUGUUGCCUUGAUUCGCAAAUAG